AUGAGGUCAUGUUGCACCGGCCGGUGUUUGCUGAACCGGCUUCGAAAGCAUGACGUUUCAAUAAACGAGUCUGCAAAAAGUGUUUCAUUUGUUGUUCUUCCAACGUCCGUUAAGGACAAAGAAUUCCUUGUCAAAGUGGAAUGGAUAAGUGUUGAUCCAUACCAACGCGCUUACAAUCAAUUCAAAGAGAUACCUUAUGAUCAAUUCGGAUAUCAAGUUGGAACCGUGGAACAAAGCAAAGAUAUUAAUUUUCCAGUCGGAGUCAGGGUCGUAACCCACAAAGGUGAAAACAAAGGAAAAGCUGUUGUAAAAGUC